CUCCUCUUCUACCUUUUCCUCCUCCUGCUCCUCCUCCCCCUCCUCCCAAGUCCCUAUUCUUCUACCUCCUAUUAAGUGAUCUCGAAAUACCUUUCCGUAUGAUUCGUAACGGGAGAAUAAAUCACUUCCCUUUCCAAGACAUUAGCCCCGGGCACCCAUAGGUGCCCGUGUCCGUGCCUUACCGGGGUGGAGAUGACCCUACGGGUCCGUGGCUGUCGGACGGGUGGUGGUGGCGCCCCGACGUGUCCGUGCGGGAACGAGCGAAGAGGUUCCAUCCAGCCUCCGACGACGUGCGAGGGCCUCCCGCCUCCGACGGUCGCAUCCGCUGGAACACAGGCUUCGUCCUCCUCCAGCAGCCAGCAGCCGAAGCCGUCGGACACCUUCCUCUCCGUCUCAGCGGCGGCGGCGGCGACGUAUUCGACCGCAGCCGCUGCCCCGCCGCCUCCUCCGCCGCAAAGCCUUCUGGCGGCUCCCGUCUGUCAGCCUUCCAGGUCACCGAAGCCGAGCUCCCUCACGCGCUCUCACUCCACCGCGUCCGGCAGAGUGCUUCCAAGCUCACACCUCCUGGAUCACCUCGGCUGCAAGGGCGUCAGCGGCCCCCGGGUGAGCAUCCUCUCCCCGAAGGGCCACGACGGGCCAGACGCGCCUAGGCCGAUGGCUCGCCUGUCUUCGAGGUCCUUCUCGCACGGGUGUUAUUCCAGCCGCCAGGGAGCCAUCAACAGGAUCUCCACCAACUCCUUCACGAGCAGGCGCGAACGGGAGCCCUGGUCCUUAGCCAACAUGCCCAAGAGACCCGGGCGCUUCUCCAGCAGGAGGAACCGCUCGACGAACGCCAACAACCACGCAAGCGGAGGUGGAGGAGGAGGGGGAGGAGGAGGAGGAGGUCACUCGUCGUCUCUGAAGCAUCGCUCCCACACGUCGAACAGCCAUCCAGACUUCCGCGAGUUCCGCUUCUGACCUAGACCUACAGAGCCCGGGGUUAUAGACAAAGCUUCUCCUAUCUCUCCUCUCUCUCUUUUUCUCCCACUCCCUCCUCCUCCUCUUCUUCCUUUUCUUCCGACGCCUGCUGUUUCUCUCGUCACUCCUCUUUCUCUCCUCCUCCUCCUUCUUCUUUCAAGUCUCCCGUUCCCUCACAAACAGUUGAAGUGUCUUAUGCGUUCAUGGUUGUGAAAUGUACUUUUGUGGCUGCCGAGUGAGUGGCGCCACUCCACCAAAUGUUCCUCCCAGACAUUUGUAUUCUUAGAUCACAAACACACAUACAAAAAAAUUAUAAAAAAGACAUACGCAUCUAUACACACGCGCACCUCAUUAUCGCGCAUCUGGCAGAAGCUGUUAUUUAUUUAAUAAUAAAUGCUCAAAUCUGUGUGUUAAUACGAUACAUGACUCUUAUGUAUAUUUGUUGUUCCUCGACCGUGAGUGUUUGAGCAUGCGCGUGUGUAUGUGUUUUCUAUUUAAGGAAAAACUCUCGUCACGUCAUGGGAGGUACUACGUAUAUAGUACUACAACUUUUGCGAAUCGAAAAGCCAUGGAGUUGGCAACUUGCUCCCUUUGCAAAAUAAGAAUAUAUAUAUAGAUAUAUAUAUAUAUAAACAAUAAUCAGAAAUUGCUCAUUAAAUCCUCAGUGACAAGACGUUGAUGAACGUGUGACUUUGUACAUACCAAGAAAAGAAGAAGACAGCGUUUAAAUUUAUUUUUGCGUUGCGCUUGUAUUUUGCGUGCGUGUGUGUGCAUGUGCGUGCGUGCGUGCGUGAGAUAGUCCAAAAAUAAUAAGGAACAGUCAGGAUGCUGAACCCACUUGGAGCGGAGGUGCAGCGGCUAUUUAUGUUUUAAGGUAACAUACGGAGCGGCUAUUUUAUGUUAAGAUAACAUAACGUAGAUGGUGCUAUUCUAUAACUAUAUUGAUUUGAAUUAGACAGAAUUCGCACAUGGCGUUUCGGUCAUGAGUUUUUGCUUCGAGUGUUACAUGUUAUAGCAUCGCGGGUGACGACGUAUUGAUAAGGACGUUUGGAAAAAGUGUAUUGCGUGUGAUGCAAAGCAGAAGAAAGACACCGCGUGAAACUUGACACAGUUUUAACAAUUCCGACGCUAAAUUAUAGGGUUAAAUUACAUUGACCUCGUACAGAAACACAUCAGUUGACCUCCACGUAAACCUGAUAUGGGUGAUAGAUAUGUAUAAUUUUUAUUUUUAUCCGCAUCACAAUUACCUAAACCACUUCUUGAAUCUCUGUCCCUGCCUUCUACGACGACGACUGAAGAAAACUCUAUUAACCACGAUUGAUUGAUUGAUUUGCGGGUUACUAUGGCGUCACAGUGCACUAAUCAAGAUCAGGACCUGUACUAAACCAGUUCAGUUUAUAGUAACUGACAGAUACGUCCUGUCAAAAACAGUUUUUUUUAGUUCGUCAUAAAAUUGAGACGACAUAAUUUGGAUGACAGAGUUACUUGAUCUAAUUAUAAAGACUUUAUCUUAUUGUAAAUUUGAACCUGUGGAAAUGAUCGGGGAAUUUUAAUCUUUACUUUUAAUGACUACCUACUGCUUACUGUAUUCGAUUUUCAUUUUUGCUUGUAAAGGUGGGGAGAGAGAUGGUUUGUGAAUUAGAGUUUUAUUAGUUUUAGUUAAUUUUUUUAAAGAUCUCUGUAUUAAUGAAAAAAACAUCAUUAUAUAAAACUUUGACCAGACAGCUUCAAUAUAUAUAUAUAUAUAUAUAUAUAUAUAUAUAUA